AUGAAUACCCCGGGUCUUUCUACAGACAGACAGAGUUCUCUCCUUGCCUGGCUGGUGGAACAGGAUCUGAUUCCUGACUCCGCCGUCUCUGCACUACCUCUCCUGGCUCGAAGCCUCUUCCUCUCCAAGACUCCUAGUCUUCCAUCCUCCGCCUCCAAAUCAAACGCCGCUGCUUCCAUCAGCAUUCCAACACUGGCUAAUACCGUUGGCCGCUGGCGCCUAUCUUGGGAACUGGCUCAUCUCACUCUCACUCCGUUUGUGACUCGCCGGCUGAUUAACAUACUCUGCCCCCACCAUCCGUCCGAAUGGCCCGGCCACACUGACAGGGGUAGGGAGGAGGAGAGUGUGAAUGUGGGUGAAACGCGCCCUAGUUUCACUGCUGCCGGUCCAAUAGACGCAGGAUGUGCCCAACAGGAGAUUUGUUGUCUCAGUUCUGCCGCUUGCAAAAGUGACCUCUUCAGCCUGGCUGGCUUGCUCGAGGCUGGGCUGGCCGGCUUGCCGUCCGCUCUACUCCGCAAGUCGGCAGCUGGACCUGUGGAGGAGACUAAAGUGAAGGCAGAAGAAGCAAAAGCAGGAGACGAUGGGGAAGCCGAGAGCGAAAUCGUCAGACGUCUAUUCCCAUAUGCUAGAUGGCCUUGGCUGACAACAUAUCUGAACGCUUGUCUGGUUGCCGCGUCGAUUUCCACCGACAUUCAGAGGAUCACUGAGGUAAGGUAUACUGGCCCUUGUAUCCUCUCUUUUUGUAUUUUCCGCCUAUACCUACCCGUUCUCGGACUGCCUGACAUUAUGCUGACGCUCUGGCUUGUUUGUACAACUGUUAGGCUAACUUUUAUUUCGAGUUCAAGUGUGUGUGAUGAUAAGAUUUGA